AGGUCUGCAGCCGCACCCAUCUCACGGCAGCAGCGAAGAAAGAGAGCAAUUCGAUAUGCACGUACGAGAGAUGCAUUCUUACUGGACAUUCUCAGCGAGGCAGCUUUGAUUCUUGGCUCAAGUCUCAAAUCAAGCUUGGUUCACACAUUAUACCCAACAAUUUGCGCUGUUGCCUCUUCUGAUCCUUCAACCCAAGAAGCAGCAUCAAAUGCGAUUCAAAAGAUCUCUCACGCUGCAGGAUAUGCUAGUAUUGAAGGCUGCCUACUAGAUCAUGCUGACUAUAUUUUGGGCGCUGCUAGUCACCGUCUGAUAUCCACUCUAGGCGAAGAAAUGCAUUUUCGAACGCUCACGUUGAAGAACGAGAAAGAAGAGGAAGUAUACACUCCUUUGAUGAGUGCUUUAUCUGCUCCACUUGUAUUAGUCGAGCUUAUUCGUUCUCUCGGUACGGAAGUAGUGGUAUUGGUGGAAGAUGCGAUCGAUGAAGUGUUGGAUGCAAUCGAUCGUUUUCAUGCAGAUCCAAAUAUCUGUGACGGCUUGCUUUCGGUCCUGGACAGAAUGCUUGAAGUGAUGUUGAGCAAGGCAACGGAAGAAAUACCUCUGCAGUUGCCAAGCCCAGAUCGUGGCUACCAACCCAACAAAGAGAAAGAUUUGGAAGAUUUCAAAAAGUGGUAUUCUCAACAGAGUCAAAGAAGCGAGGAUGAUACGGAAACAUUGUUCAACAACCUUGAAUCGUCUGGAGAACAAGAGUCUGCCGAGAAAGAAGAUCUAUCAGACCCAGCGCAAGAGGAAACACCAGCAGGACGAAGUCAGAAAGUCACAGUCUCCAUGAUGAAAAAGGCUAUUCCAUUCUUGAGUCAUUCCUCACGUACAAUUCGAAUGCGGUGUUUGCGUUUGAUCAACAGAGGGGUAGAGCUUUUAUGUCGGCAAGGCUUAACUGCAGAGCCUUUGUCGGUCGUCAACUCCUGCUGGCCAAUCGUGAUGAGCAGGUUAGGAUUUAAUCUUUCA